AUGUCAGCUCAUGAAGGUGUAAGUUGUGAUGCUUGUGGAAAAAGUAAUUUUCGUUCAAAACGUUACAAAUGUUUAAUUUGUUAUGAUUAUGAUCUUUGUUCAACAUGUUAUGAACAAGGUGAAGCAUCAAGUCAUCAUACAAAUGAACAUCCUAUGCAAUGUAUAUUGACACGUCAAGAUUUUGAUUUUUAUUAUCAUGGUGAACGAUAUACAUCUGAUCAAGCUCAAUCAUUCACUUGUCCAUUUUGUGGUGAAAUGGGUUUUGCAUUACCAUUUAUAAACGAAUCAUCAUCAUCAACGCAAAAUCUUGAUCUUUUUCAUCAUCUUCAAUUAAAACAUGCUGAUGAACAACAAUCAAGCGAAGUUAUUUGUCCUAUUUGUGCCGCAAUGAUUAAUGGUGAACCAAAUUUAGUUACAGCUGAUCUUCUAUCACAUAUUGCUAAUGAUCAUCAACAUCAACAAGUUCAAACACCAUCAACACCUGGUAUUGGAACGAAUCCAUAUUCAAGACAAUCAUCAUCAAAUAGAGAUUCAGAUUUUACUAGUAGUACUAGUACUCGAGCUGGUUUUAGACGAGGACCAUUACGAACACCUGGUAGACGAGGUGCAUUAGGAAGAGGUGGAGGAACUGUCAGUCAACAUUUUGUUGUUGAUACUUCAACAGUUAAUGGUGGAAGUGAUCCAAUUGCUGAUUUAUUAACACAAUUAUCUACUGUGCGAAGAUUAGCAGCAGCAAGCAAUAAUAACAGUUCAUCACCAAAUACAAUUAAUCUUCAAACAUUAACACGACAACAAUAUGAACGUGAACGUCUUCGUACAACUGGACGUUCUCAUCAUCAACAACAAUCUCAUCAUUCACAACAAGCACCAUCAUCAUUAUCAUCGAAUAGUUUACCAUCAAUUGAAAAUGACUUUUUUGAUUCACUUUUUGCAUCCGCUCUUUUUAUUGAUUCAUCUUCAUCAGCAAAUAAUAAUAAUCAAACUUGGGCACAAAUUGUUGCACAACAACAAUCAACACCCGAACAACAACAACAACAACAACAACAACAACAACAGCAAUCAUCAAUGAUAAAAACACCUGCAGUUGAAUCUGAUCCAUCAUUAUUACGAAGAUUAUGUGAUGAAACAUCUUCUUCCUCUUUAACUCAACAAAAUACUACCGUUGCACAACAACAAAAAUGCAAAAGUGAUUUUGUGCAUGGUUUGCUUUUUGCUAGUUUUGUUUGUCCACUUAAUGAUAAUGAUAAAUAA